UGCCGUCUUUUUACUUUCGUUUCUUCAAACAAAAUCUCCCAUCUCUCUCUGAAUCUCUCCUCGAAACAAUUACGGCCAAAACAAAACAUUUCUAAGAAACGAUGUCGUGUUCGUCAUCGUUCAGGAAGCGCUCGUGCCUUUCACGGAGAUUCUCGAGAUCAUCCUCCAAAACGGCGGCGAUAGCAACGGUGAAUCAACCAGAGUUUUCUUCUCCUUCGCCGCCUCCGACGGAGGAGGAAGGGGAUUCCUGGUCCACAAUGCUGCCGGAGUUGUUAGGUGGAAUUAUGAAGCGCGUGGAGUCGAGUGAAGAUCGGUGGCCUCAGAGGCAAAACGUCGUCGCAUGCGCCUGCGUAUGUAAGAGGUGGAGAGAAGCUAUGAGAGAGAUCGUUAAGGCUUCUUGCCCUGGCAGCGGAAAAAUCACUUUUCCGUCGUGUCUUAAACUGCCUGGUCCAAGAGAUAUUCCAAACCAGUGCAUUAUAAAGCGAUGCAAAAAGAGCUCGACAUUCUACCUUUAUCUUUCUCCUACGCCAUCAUUCACCGAUGAGGGGAAGUUUCUUUUGGCAGCAAAAAGAUAUAGACAUGGUGCUCAUAUUGAGUAUAUUCUAUCCGUUGAUGCAGAUGAUAUAUCUCAAGGCAGCAAUGCCUAUGUUGGGAAGUUAAGUUCGGAUUUUCUAGGUACCAACUUUACGAUACAUGAUAGUCAACCGCCACACAGUGGUGCGAAGCCUUCGAGCAUUAGAUCAAGUCGCAGAUUUUCAAGUAAGCGAAUCAGCCCUCAAGUUCCAGCUUGCAAUUUUGAGGUGGGAAAUGUGUCUUACAAGUUCAAUCUCUUGAAAUCAAGAGGUCCGAGGAGGAUGGUCUGCACUGUGAAAUGCCCUUUGGUCGAAGAAAGGACUGACAAGCAUUUAGACGACUCCAAAGUGAAAAUGCCCGAGAAUGCUGCACCUGGUCAUGCAAUUUUGAAUAACAAAGCUCCGAGAUGGCAUGAACAUUUACAGUGCUGGUGUUUGAAUUUCCAUGGUCGGGUAACGGUAGCAUCCGUGAAAAACUUUCAGCUGUCUGCGACUGUAGAACCAAGCCAACCAGGAGGGGAAGGAGAUGAGGAAACGGUUCUCCUCCAAUUUGGGAAAAUUGGGGACGAUACAUUCACCAUGGAUUAUAGGCAUCCCUUGUCAGCCUUUCUUGCAUUUUCCAUCUGCCUAACAAGCUUUGGUACCAAAUUGGCUUGUGAAUGAUUUUCUUUGAAAUGUUUAUACUUAUCUCGUGUUACAUGUUUAAUAUAAAUAUUUCUACAUAAUGUUUAAGUUCAUAAGUUUUGGACAGCCUUUAUUUAAUGGUACAAAGCAAAUGAUAGUACACGUUCCUAUAGCAUCUGUAACUUUUUCUAAAA